CAUGCCACAUGCCUAAGUCUAUGAUUAUAGAACCAAACCAUUAGCAUAUCCAUGAUCAAGCCCGUAUGAUAUAUGCCCAAAACAUUUCAGAUGCACAAAGCUAAUUAACACGUCAAAUCCAUCAUUUUCUUUUGAUUUGGAAGAAUUUCCCCACUCUAAUAUACACUUUUUUUUUUUGGUUUUUUAUUCAAAGAUUAGGGCUCACUAGACCCAUAUGGGUGGACCUCAACCUAGUCAAAUUAGCCCUGGGUUUGCACAAGGACUUAAAGUGGCACAAGUUGGGCCAAAGACUCAAUCUUGUAUACAUAGGUCAGUAAGACAGUAACUCAGUAAUCUGUGAACAUACUUCGUAUAUUACAUCAAUGAGUUUUGGAAGUUGAAAGGUUUUGGGAGAAAGAUUAAAAAUGGGGGCAACAUCAGCAGAAUCAGGCGCAUCUUUCAGGGCAAAAGAAGAAGAAGAAAGCAAGAUUAUAACCCUUAGAGUGAAGUGGGUUGAUGAUGAUGAAGACAAGGAGAAAGAGGGAAAAUUUGGGGUAAUUCACUUCAAAAUUGAGAAUGAUAUUGCACUUAGAUGGUUGAUGAUUCGUUACUGUGAUAAAAUUGGUGCAGAUUUCCACACUACUCGUUUCGAAUUCAAAGGUGCUAAAUUGCGAGAUACUGAUACUCCUCUUCAACUUUCCAUGCUUUCUUCUGACCUCAUUUAUGCUUAUCAUUUUCUAUGUGGUAAUGGACGUUGUGCUGAACAUUAUGUAACUCUGUGUAUCCGUGUGCCCAAGGAGAGAGACACAUUUAUUAGAGUGAGACGUGCUGCACCAUUACUGCCUCAGCUUAUGUGUAGCUUCUCUGAUGAUGUUGGUUCCUUGUGUUUUGUUUAUGAUUGGUGUCGGUUGACUGAGAAAGAUACGGCUGAUAAUCAUGAAUUGGAGGAUGGUGACAUUAUUGAUGCCUUUGAUUUUGAUGAGAGCAGUUCCUCCUUAAGCAUAGUUGAACCAUCAUUUAUUUCUCUUAAAGUGGUGAAUCCGAAUCACAGGGACUAUGUCUUCAACAUAAGACAAACUUCACUAUUGUCCAAGGUGUUCGACAGAUAUUGUAAGAUUUUAUCAGUGCAAAAUGAAGCUGCUUUCAUGUUUAAGGGGCGCAGACUCAUGGGUUCAAAGACAGUGGAGGAAGAACGACUGAAGGGUGGUGAUGAAAUUGAAGUCAUAAUAGAGUGAUUCCCUUCACUGGGAGACCUUAGUUGUUUUUGCUCUUGUAUCACAUACUUGCAUCUCAUAAGUCAAGUAUUGUUUGCUAAAUUAGAGUUGUGAGCUGUUGCACUAUGACUGUUAUAUUUGUCGAUGAAUUGAAUUAGAGUUUGAACAUUUUGAUUUAAACUGUAAGAUAGUACUACUCAUAGUUCUUUGACAUGAAAACUGGCAUUGAUUCUCCUCA